AUGGCAAAGAGCCAUUACAAACUACGGUCAGCCUGUAAUACAGCCUUGAAGAGGCAACAAGUGGAGUAUACAGGAUGGUACAUGUUCAUCAGUUCUUCUGGACAACUACACAUCAAUGACACUGCCCGUCUGUCAAGUUCCCCAGUAAAUGGCAGCAUGGCUAGGUGUUUAUCCUUCUGGUAUUUAAUGUAUGGUCCUGAUGUCAACACACUCAAUGUAUACACAAAGAAAAACUCUGUAUAUGGGAACCCAGUGUGGAAACAUGUUGGCACAGUGGACAGUAACUGGCACCAGGCUGUGGUCACACUUCUGGUCAAUAGUACCUAUAGCAUUGUCUUUGAAGGUGUGCGUGGGACCAGAUUUUCUGGAGUCAUUGCUAUUGAUGACAUCACAGUCACAGAUGGCACUUGUGGAUCAGCAUCUAUUUCAUCAUGCACAUUUGAGGAUCCAGUAUAUGCGGAUUCCAGCAAGCACAUGAUGAUAAUUUUGAUUGGACACGAGCGAGUCUCUCCACAGCUUCUAAUGGCACUGGUCCAACUGCAGAUCACACACUUGGCUCCAGUAGAGCCUCUUACAGCAUGUGGCCAGUCUUAUACUGGCAGAGUGCAGGUUCUACAUGUACAUAGAGCUUCCUUGCCCCAACAUCCAGGUAAUAGAGCACGCCUUAUCAGUCCUUCCCAGCCUGCAACAUCAGGCUCAUGUCUUCGCUUCUGGUACUACAUGUAUGGACAUACUAUGGGCACUCUGUCAGUGUAUCUUCGUUCUGGGGGUCAGCUUAUUAAUACCAUCUUCAACAUAUCUGGUAACCAAGGAAACCGCUGGAUCCAAGCAGAAAUCACUGUUCACUCCUCUGGGUCUUGGGAGGCUGUAUUUGAAGGUGUGGUUGGCAGUGGUUACUCCAGUGACAUUGCAAUUGAUGAUGUCAGCAUACUUUCUGGUUCCUGUGGGGCAGUCUCAGGUGGCUGCAACUUUGAUGUGGACAUGUGUACCUGGUCAAAUGUCCAGGGUGAUAAUUUUGACUGGAUGCGGACCAUGGGUGCCACACCCACUCAAUACACAGGUCCCAGUGUGGACCAUACACAAGACAGUGUUGAGGGAGGAUUUGUAUUCAUUGAGAGUUCAGCCCCACGAGUGCCUGGUGAUCGCGCAUGGCUGGUCUCCCAGCCUUUUACUGCAUUUAGAGGCUCCAGAUGUCUUAUUUUCUGGUACCAUAUGUAUGGCAGUGGCAUUGGAUCUCUGAAUGUGUACCUGGAUGACACAGCCAACACAUCACACACAAAGUUGUGGAUGCAAUCAGAUAAUAAAGGUGAAAAGUGGCUGCAGGGACAGAUACCCUUACCAUCACAGAGCAAAGAGUACCAGAUUCGAUUUGAGGGCGUAAGGGGUCAAACAUUCUUUGGUGACAUUGCCCUUGAUGACAUUUCUUUCACAUCUGUUCCAUGUAUAUACAAACCACCUGAUGCACAAGCCGGUUUGCUGUCUGCAACAUCACCUGCACCAACAUCAUCCACUCUUGCUCCUUUCAUAUCUCAAUCUCCAUACGACUGCUCAUUUGAGAGUGAUUACUGCUCAUGGAAACAAGAUGAUUCUGAUGAUUUUGACUGGAAUCGUGGCCAGGGACCGUCAGGAACAGUGGCCACAGGACCUUUUAUAGACCACACAUUAAACAGUAACAAUGGAUGGUACAUUUUCAUUGGGACAGCUGCUGUACAAGGGACCAGAAAUACAGCACAACUUGUAUCUGCACAAAUAUUGGCCAAUUCUUCCUACUGUUUGCAGUUCUGGUAUUACAUGUAUGGUCCUCACAUUGACACACUUGACAUCUAUGUCCGUCAGAAAAAUGGUGAUCGUGGUGCAUCCCUAUGGACCAAAAGCCAGUCACAAGGCAACCAUUGGAAUUAUGGACAAGUUCAGAUAGCUCCCUUUUCCAACACUGUCAACAUAGUAUUUGAGGCUGUCCGUGGUCCCACUUUUAGAGGAUACAUUGGCUUGGAUGACAUCAGAGCUGUUGCAGGCAGCUGUGUUGCUACAAGUGGCUUGGUAUGUGACUUUGAGUCUGGGUUGUGUGGCUGGAAUCAGACUACAGCAGAUAAUUUUGAUUGGACGCUACAUUCUGGCCAGACAAGCACCACAAAUACUGGACCUUUCUAAUGACCAUACUCUGGGUACUGCAGCAGGUCACUACCUUUACAUUGAAACCAGUGCUCCUCGGCACCCUGGAGAGAAAGCUCGUCUUGUCAGUUCCCAAGUCACCCAAACCAUACCUCAGUGUAUUAAAUUUUUUUACAAUCUCAAUGGCAACAACAUUGGUGCC